UGAGAUUGGUUCGCCGUCGGUUUCCUGCUGCAGUAAGAAGAGCGGCGUCGAGACAAACUGGGAAGACUGAACACCGCCACCUCCAAUAACUAUACUGUACAAUGAAACUGUUAGCAAUAUCUCCCUCUCUCGACAUCCGCUUCGUCACGGUUUUACUGCUGGUGAUGGGCCUCUCUACUCCUGGACAAGCAGAAAUCACCAGUUUGGAUUCAGCCAACAUUGAUGACGUCCUAAAUAAUGCUGGGGUGGCGUUAGUCAAUUUUUACGCAGACUGGUGCAGGUUCAGUCAGAUGCUCCAUCCAAUUUUUGAGGAGGCAUCUAAUUUAGCGAGGGAGGAGUUCCCUGAAACCAAGCAGGUGGUGUUUGCUCGUGUCGACUGUGACCAACAUUCGGACAUAGCGCAGCGGUACCGCAUCACAAAGUAUCCAACGUUGAAGUUGUUCCGCAAUGGGAUGAUGAUGAAGAGGGAGUACAGGGGUCAGAGGUCAGUGGCUGCCAUCGCUGACUUUAUCCGCCAGCAGCAGGUCGACCCUGUGAAAGAGAUAAAGUCAAUGGAGGAGAUUAAUACUCUGGAUAGGGGAAAGAGACACAUCAUAGGCUACUUUGAAAGCAGAGACUCUGAGAACUACCACACAUAUGAGAAAGUUUCCAACAUCCUUCGAGAUGACUGCACAUUCCUGGCUGCUUUUGGCCCAGUAUCUGAGGCCGAGCGCUUCAGCGGGGACAAUAUAAUCUACAAGCCCGUUGGGGAGGGCGUCCCUGACAUGAUCUACCUCGGCUCACUCACCAACUUCGACCUGACUUACGCUUGGGCCCAGGACAAGUGUGUGCCUCUGGUCAGGGAGAUUACCUUUGAAAAUGGAGAGGAGCUGACUGAAGAAGGAAUCCCUUUCCUCAUCUUGUUCCACGUUAAAGAAGACGGAGAGAGCUUAGAGAAGUUCCAACAUGAAGUGGCCCGCCAGCUCAUCAGCGAGAAAGGGUCUAUAAACUUCCUGCACGCAGACUGCGAGAAGUUCCGCCAUCCUCUGCUCCAUAUCCAGAAAACUCCUGCCGACUGUCCCGUUAUCGCAAUAGACUCAUUCAGACACAUGUAUGUCUUUCCCGACUUUAAAGACCUCAGCGUCCCUGGCAAGCUGAGACAGUUUGUGUUGGACCUUCACUCCGGAAAGCUACACCGAGAGUUUCACCACGGUCCCGACCCCACAGACAGCACGCCUGGACAGGAGGAGACGGGGGGAGAAGUGGCCAGCAGCCCUCCAGAGAGCUCCUUCCAGAAACUGGCGCCCAGCGAGAAUCGCUACACCAUCCUCAGACGGGACCGCGACGAGCUGUGACCUCACCGGCCUUCCAGUGAUCCUGUGACUCAAUGCCACGCCCCAGGGUCAGGGAGGGGGUUAGGGUUGGGACAGGCCAGCGGGACAGAACAGCAACACCCAACACCCUUACUGAAGACAGAGAGAUAGAGAAGGAGAGGAGAAUGAAGAAGAAAGAGAAAAAGAAGAAGAGGAAAAGAGAGUUCAGUCCACGACACAACCAUGUUGGAAUAACCUAUAUUUUCAUAACUCUUUCACGUACAGUUUUUAUUUUGGAUCAAAACGAAGGGGGUAAAGAAGAAAUUGUGUGUGGGCAGGGGUUAGGGGCAUCAAGAGAAGUGUUUUUACUUUUAUUUUUUGGAGCUUGUAAAUACGUUUGUGCUACGUGGGAGUCUCAUUGUUGGUCUAAAUUAAAUGCAGAUUUUUCUUUAUUUUAUUCUUUUCUUUUACAUCACCUGGCUUUUGUAGAAAAAAAACCAAAAAAACAGAACAGUUCCCUCACUCCAGUUGUAUGGUUCUUAUCUGUGGGUAGUCCAGUUCAGCCUGUCUGAUAGGAGACGCUUGUUUAGUCUCACUGACCUCAUGGCUGCAUCUCAAUAUGACCAACUCUAGUCUAAUUCAUUUGUAUAGCACAACUUAGAACAAAAUGCCUGUUUGAAGUAGCUUUAUCUCCAUAUCUUCUCCACACUAACUGAAGGAACAGAAUAAUAUUUUGCAAAUGCUUGGGUAACAUGAUUUCAAACCAUGACUUGAGGCGGAAGAUAAAGAGACGGAGCUACUCCAGCCUAUUGAGAUGCACCCCUUCUCUCCCUGGUACUAAAUGGUGAUAGAUUAUGAUGUCUCUUACAGUGCUUAUAAAAAGUACUGCCCCCUCGGACCUUUUCACGCAUCACUGUUUUACAACACUGAAUCGCAGUGGAUGUAAUUAGGAUUUUGUUUUCGUGCAACAGAAAAUACUGUAAUGUCAAAUUGUUACUAAAUUUAGUACAAGCUGCUGCACAACACCAGAAACACAUCAUCCCUAUCAUGAAGCCUGGUGGUGGCAGCAUCAUGCUGUGUGGAGGCUUCUCUGCCGUGCUGUGACAGUUAAAUUGAUGCAGCAAAGUACAGAGAAAUCCUGGUGAAAACAUACAACUACAAAUGUAUAUUUUACAUCAAGAUAACCCCAAACGUAAAGCCAAAUCUACACAGGAUUUCAAAGAAUUAGCGUCCAGAUGUGUAAAGCUGUUACAGGCCUAUUAAAGUAGAUCUAAGGCUGUAACUGUUGCCAAAGGUGCCUCUUAUUAAGUAUUGUCUUGAAGGACAUGAAUACUUAUGCAAUCAGGAGUUUUGUUAUUUUUGUACCCAAUAUUUUUUUCUUUUCAGUGUCUAAAAUGCUGAUUACCUCCACUACUGUAAAAAUGAUCAAAAGUCAAAGGGGGCUGGACACCUUUUUAAAGGCACAGUAUUUGCCAUAACACCUCUUGAGUUGUGUUCCCGAGGAUCAAAUAGAGGGGGGGGAAAGAGUUUUUGCAACGAUGUACUUUAAAAAUGAUUACAAAUUUAUGAAAUGGCUGUUGUUUUUGCUGUUACCUGUUGUCAAAUGUGUCAUCAUGCGGGGGGAGAAAAGACUGCGGCCUUCCCGGUGUUUUAAAAAAAAAAGCCAAGAGACGAGAGGGGAAAACCCGUAUGAUGAACGGUGGAAAUUUACAGUCUGCCACUUUAUACAAGUUCUCUUAAAACUGGUUUUGUCUCUUUAUAUGUCUUUGAGGUUUUGGUACAAUUCUAGAUCCCUUAGAUCCCUUGAGUGUGAAUGAAUCCAGAUUAAGAUUUACGGGGACCCAUUGCUAAGGUUGUACUGUGCAUCCUGCCCUUCCAUAGAGGCCAACAGAUGCCUGCAUAGUGACAUAUCAGCCCACAUACAGGAGAGCAACAGAGGGGAGCGUGAUGCCAUUUCUAAACCAGUCAUCUCAGAGGGGAAGAAGAGUAAAAAAAUGAAAAAGUAAAUUAAAAAACCAUUUUACAGGA